CCAUGUCCUGUAAUGAUGCCCCACCCUCUGCGGGUGGUGGUGGGGGGUGGGGUGUAUAUAUGUAUAUAUAGCUGUGUCUCAGGCUGGAGAGCAUCAGUAGCAGGUGUGCUUUACCAUCCUGUCAGAUCUUCCUCCUCCACCUUCUUCUCCAUCUCCACCGCCAGCAGCAGCAGCAGAAUGAGUAGCGCGUCCCUCCACAGCUUCUCGAGCGCUCGCGCGCUCUCCACGCGCUCCGUGACCAGCAGCUCGUCCACCCGGGUGUCCAUGGGUCGCUCGCCCAGCGUGUACGGCGGCGCGGACGGGCGCAGCGUGCGCGUGUCCUACGCCUCCGGGCUGGGGAGCGCGAUGGAUCUGGGCGGCGGGCUGGACGGAGGCUUCACCGCGGGUCUGAACGAGAAGGCCACCAUGCAGAACCUGAACGACCGCCUGGCCUCCUACCUGGAGAAGGUGCGCUCUCUGGAGAAGGCCAACGCCGAGCUCGAGCGCCAGAUCCGUGAGUGGUACGACAAGCGCGCGCCCACCACCCGCGACUACAGCCACUACCACGCGACCAUCGCGGACCUGCGCAAGAAGAUCAGUGUGGCCAGUCUGGACAAUGCCAGGAUCGUCCUGCAGAUCGACAAUGCCAAACUCGCUGCAGAAGACUUCAAAGUCAAGUUUGAGAACGAGUUGGUCAUGCGCCAGUCUGUAGAGGCUGACAUCGCCGGCCUGCGCCGCGUCCUGGACGAGCUGACCAUGACCCGCUCAGACCUGGAGAUGCAGAUCGAAGGCCUCAAGGAGGAGAUCGUCUACCUGAAGAAGAACCACGAUGAGGAGAUGGCAGCUCUGCGCAGUCACAUGGCCAGCAGCUCGGUGAACGUGGAGGUGGACGCUGCUCCUCAGCAGGACAUGUCUCAGAUUCUGUCUGAGAUCCGCUCACAGUACGAGGGCAUUGCCGAAAAGAACCGCAAAGACAUGGAGGCAUGGUAUAAGGUCAAGUUUGACGAGCUGAAUAAGCAGGUGAAGACGAGCACAGAGAGCAUCCAGUCGUCACGCAGCGAGAUCAACGAACUCAAGAGAACUCUACAGUCCCUGCAGAUCGAGCUGCAGUCUCAGCUUAGCCUGAAAGCGGCCCUGGAGGGCACACUGCAUGACACAGAGUCCCGCUACAGCCUCCAGCUGACUCAGCUGCAGACUUUCAUCAACAACCUGGAGAAUGAGCUGAGCCAGAUGCGCCUGGACAUCGAGAGGCAGGCCAGCGAGUACAAGAUGCUGCUGGACAUCAAAACCCGCCUGGAGCUGGAGAUCGCCGAGUACAGGAGGCUGCUGGAUGGAGAGGAAGUCAAGAAAACAACAGUGACGAAGGUGAUUGAGGUUGUUCCUCCUCCUCCUCCUAAAGAACCUGUGGUGACCAAGCGCGUGCGGACAGUGGUGGAGGAAGUGAUUGAUGGAAAGGUGGUCUCCCGCACUGAGGAUGUGGACGUCGAGGUGUUGAAGAAAUGAGAAACAGCACACAGUCCAGCAACAAGAAACAACUACGUCAAUCUGACACUAAAUGAGUGCUAAACAUGCAAAAGAGGGUUUUUUAUGUAUUAUUAAAUUAAUAUAUUAAUGACCAAACAUCGUCCGCCCUCUCACAAACACCUGUGUGUGUUUUUAAAUUGUGAAAAUUAAAAUAAAGAACCAGCCUAAGUGCCACA